AUGACCACCAGGUACCGCUUCCGCAGCUCUGCCGGCAGAGCUGCCGCCGCCCUCGUCACCACCCUGCUCUCCGUCGCCGCCCUCCACCCCGUGCAAGCCGAGCUCGCCCCCGGCCAUGGCGAUGGCUCUGGCAUCCUGCCAGUGCUCCCUCCGGGCGCUCCCACCCCGGAUGCGCCCAGGCAGCAGCUGGCAAGGGAUAUGGACUUCACGCUGAAGCACAUCUUCCACCAUGGAACCCACAAGUACCCCGGCCUGCACCGCCGCUUGGACAUCCACCCCGACGCUCCCUUGUGGGUCACUUCCGCGGACGACCCCACGCACAGGGAGCCCGCCCCGCCCCUCCGCGCCCGCUCGCAGGCCCUCAACAUCGAGCGCCUCGCCGACCGGACCCCCGAGGCCAUCAACCACAUCCUCGACACCAAGCGUCUGACCGGACGCGAUGUCGUCUUCACCGCCGACGCCUGGACCGUCGAUGAGAUCGCUGGUCCCAACGUGACGGACAAAGAGAGCGUGCUCACCUUCGCGAGGAUGGCAGCAAACGCCUACGUCACCGAUCCCACCAAGCCCGAUUGGUCCGAUGUAAGGGGAGGCUUCAACUACACAGAGGAUUUUGGUUGGGAGUCAGACGGUCUCCGUGGCCACAUCUUCGCCGACACCGAGAAUUCCACUGUUGUAAUCGGCCUCAAGGGCACCUCGCCAGCCGUCUUCGAUGGUUCCGAAACGACCACCAACGACAAGGUGAACGACAACCUCUUCUUUGGCUGUUGCUGUGGCCAAGGUGGUUCCUACAUGUGGCUGCAGGUCUGUGACUGCAUGACCUCCACCUACAGCUGCAACUCGACCUGCUUGGUGGAGAGCAUCAAGGAGAAGGGCAAGAACCGUUACUUCUAUGCCGUUCAGGAUCUCUACCAUAAUGUCACCGCUCUGUACCCCGACGCUGACGUCUGGAUUUCCGGGCAUUCCCUUGGAGGCGCCACGGGCAGUCUGCUUGGCCUGUCUUACGGCCUUCCCGUCAUUACCUACGAGGCGCCAGGUGAGGCCAUGGCGGCUUCCCGGCUGGGACUGCCCACUCCGCCGGACUACCACCUUGGCAGACAUCAAGACAGAACAGGCUCUGGCAUAUACCAUUUUGGCCACACAGCAGAUCCCAUGUACAUGGGCUUGUGCAACACAGCAACUUCCGUUUGCACCAUUGCUGGCUAUGCUAUGCAAAGCGUCUGCCACUCUGGCUCGGUGUGUACCUACGAUACCGUCGGAGAUCUCGGCUGGCGCGUAGGAGCCGGAACGCACCGGAUCCAGGAGGUCAUUCACGACGUUCUCGAAAAGUAUGACGAGGUCCCUCCGUGCACCCCGGACAUCAGUUGCACCGACUGUUACAACUGGAAAUUCUACGAGAGCAAUGGCUCCGACACCACUACGAGCUCUAUGAGCAGCACAGCGACGACCACCCAGUCGAGGACCGAGACGUGCAAGACUCCCGGCUGGUGGGGAUGCCUGGAUGAGAGCACUACAUCUGGUCCUGUGACCACAUCCACGAGCAUCAUUACGUCCACAACUUGCGACACGCCUGGAUGGUUCGGUUGCAACGACAAGACGACUCAUAUUGUCAUCACAACCUCCAGGACCGUCUUCCCCGUUCCCACUACGACUAUUACUUCGACCACGACUUCGACCUCAACUUCGACCUCGGAGACGACUUCGACCACCACAUGCGAGACUCCUGGUUGGUUCGGCUGCAACGACCCUACAAGUACGACCACUUCCACGACCACAUCCGCUUCGACGUCAACCUCGACCUGCGCCACGCCUGGUUGGCUGGGUUGCAACGAUCCCACAACCACAACCACAACCACCACACCGGCAACCUCUGCGACACCCAAGCCAUCCCUGAGCUCUGUUCCUUCGAGUACCGCAGCCUCCACGACUUCGAGCUGCACUUCCAAGAACUGGUUCGGCCUUAUUUGCGUCGAUCCUUCGCCCACCGACACGCCGGCUCCCUCCCCAACACCGCACCACAAGUGCGCUCACAGGGACUUGCUUGGACGCUGCAAGGAGUGGAAGGAAGAGGAGGAUGAACUGUGA